CAGUACCCACUGCUCUGUUGGGUCUGCUCUCUCUUGUCACUCUGCACCGCAGGCAUUGAGUCCCGUCUUCCCAAUGCCCGUUGCCUCCAUCUCUCUCUCUCUCUCUCUCUCUCUCUCUCUCGUAUGAGUGGUAACUGUUAAGUGCAGGAGGAGAUGGGUCUCAAACCCCUCGGUCUGCAAAUGAUCCCAUGGUGCUUCCACGUAGCAGCAGGCGCCACACGCCACUCCUCUUCCUCCUCCUCUUCCUGGUUCACCGCCCAUGACGACGACGAAGCUACAGCAGACUCGCCGAAGCCCUCCGUCCGUCUCGUGGGCCCUGACGGCCACAUCAAGCUCUACCACUGCCGUGUCUCCGCCGCAGAGCUCAUGGCCAGCCACCCCCUCCACCUCCUCUGCCGCUCCGACGCCUUCGUCAUCGGCCAGCCCCUCCCCGCCCUGUCCCCCGACGACUGCCUGCUCCCGGGCCACACCUACUUCCUCCUCUCCUCCCACUUCUUCCACUCCGCCCUAUCCUUCGCCUCCCUCGCCUCCUGCUUCGGAGCCUUCAAGCAGCGGGGGGGCGGCGCCGGCGCCCCUCUCCCGCGGCUCAUCGAGAUCCAGAAAACGGCCGCCGGCAGGCUCCAGGUCCGCGUGUCCGAAGAGUACCUGGAUUGCCUGUGGAGAUCGGCAUCGGAAGAGGAGGCUAUGGAUAGGAGAGGGAGGAGAGUGUGCACCACCGAGGAGUUGGCGAAGGAUUACAAGCAGUUGGUGAGCUGCCGCUCCUGGAAGCCGAAGCUGGAGACGAUCAACGAGGCGGAGCGGAGGAGGAGGAGCGGCGGUGCCCCUUUUGGUGGGAUUGGCAGAAGGAAGAAGCGUGCCCACCGCAAGAACAACCACCACAACAAGGAAGACACCGGCUGACAUCAAUUCCUCUGCUGCUGAAUGCAUAUGCACUUCCUUCUAUCUUUCAUUGUAACACACAUACAUAUCCCAUCAACAUUAUUGCAAACAACACCAUGAGACACAAAA